CCGAACCACCCUUCCGCACCCAUUCGCGCCUCUAUACCACCGAAAUCAUGCUGGCCGGUCGCAUUGCAGCUCGGUCCGCCCGAGUGGCAGCUCCAAGAUUUCAGAUCGCUGCCACGCGCUCGUUCGCAGAGACCGCGGCAAAGCCUGCAGCAGCGGACUCCAAGCCUCCUGUCGAGCUCUUCGGCGUGGACGGUACCUAUGCCAGCGCUCUUUACACGGCCGCCGCCAAGUCCAAUGCCAUUGACGCCGUCUCCAAGGCCAUGGAGAGCCUUUCGCAGACGUUCAAGAAGGACGCCAAACUGCAGCAGGUCUUGACCUCGCCGACCCUCACCGUUUCCGACAAGAAGCAGAUUGUCGCCGAGAUUCAAAAGACCAUCAGCGUGCAAGACAAGACCAACACCGUCCAGAACUUCCUCGAGACUCUUGCCGAGAACAACCGAUUGGGUGUGUUGGAUGGUGUUACUGAGAAAUUUGCGCAAUUGAUGAGUGCUGCGCGUGGAGAGGUGGAGAUGACUAUCACCAGUGCUGCGCCAUUGGACAGCAAGAUCGUGAAGCAGCUGGAGAAUGCUGUGAGCAAGAGCCAGUAUGUUGGUCAGGGCAAGAAAUUGAAGGUUGUGUCUAAGGUCCAGCCAGACAUCCGAGGUGGUCUCGUUGUCGAGAUCGGCGACCGAACCAUUGACCUUUCAGUUUCGUCAAAGAUGGCCAGGAUGAACAAGCUCCUCCAAGAAACUCUGUAGAUAUGUCGCGAUAGACGAGUGAGCACCUGUAGAAUUCGACAACCAGAAACAGUUCCUUGUGUC